CUCAUUAAAACUUUCUUUAUGUCCACUUCUACAGCUAAGUCCUCGUCUAAAAUGCUUAAAGAAGCAACCCCAUAUGCUGCUCUCAUUCUGCAACAAUUUGGUUAUGCAGGAAUGAACAUUAUCUCUAAGUUUGUUAUAAACAAAGGGAUAAGCCAACACGUAUUGGUCGUUUACCGGCAUGCUCUUGCUGCUAUGGUUAUUGCACCUUUUGCCAUUGUGCUCGAGAGGAAAACGAGGCCCAAGAUGACUUCAGCUAUAUUUGCUAAGAUUGUGUUGCUGGGAUUAUUGGAGCCUGUAAUGGACCAAAAUUUGUACUACACUGGAAUGAAGUUCACAACUGCAACUUUUGCUACUGCCAUGAUUAAUGUUGUUCCUGUAUUUGUAUUUAUCAUGGCGUGGAGUCUAAGGCUUGAGAAGGUUAGUAUUCGAAAACCUCAUAGCCAAGCAAAGAUAUUGGGAACCAUAGUAACCUUCGGAGGCGCAUUGUUAAUGGCCAUGGUUAAUGGACCUGUGUUGAAUUUGCCGUGGACAAAACAAGAUAGCCAUCAAUAUCAUGAAGCUAUAAAUGCUACAAAUGAUCACAUAUCUAUUACAGGUGCUCUAAUGAUAAUGGGAGCAUGUGCAUGUUGGGCUAGUUUCGUCAUUUUACAAGCAAUCACACUGAAAACAUACCCUGCUGAGCUCUCCCUAACAUCUCUUACAUGUUUAACUGGUGCAAUCCAGGGCACGUUUGUGGCCUUAGGAAUUGAGUGGGGCAAACCUUCAGCUUGGUCUUUAAACUCUAAGUACAUGAUAUUAGCUGCUCUUUAUGGAGGAACAUUUCGCUCGGGGCUUGGUUAUUAUAUUCAAGUUUUAGUCAUCAAGUUAAAAGGACCUGUUCUUGUGACUGCUUUUAAUCCUGUAGGCUUGGUUAUUGUUGCAAUAAUGAGUUCUUUCAUUUUGUCGGAGCAAAUGUACUUGGGCAGAGUUAUUGGAGCUGUUGUCAUCAUAAUCGGACUUAACAUGGUUUUGUGGGGUAAGAGCAAGGACAAGCCUUACCAGGCGGGACCAAUCGAACAAGUUUUAGCACCUACAACAUAUGAACACAAGACCAACGAAAAUGUCUCUUUCAAUGAAGCAACAAAGGCUCAAAAUUAUCUUCAAGAGCUUGUAUCCAUUGAAGUGAAAGACCAUCCAAAGACUAAUCUGUCUGAAUUAGGAACCAAAAUAUAGCAUGACUAUAGACUUAAUUAUUAAUUGAAAUUUGAGUCUUAUGCUAAUAAUGUAAGAGCUAAUGUUUGGUACUGCUAAUACUUUCGUUUUCUCAUAGUGAUCUUUGGUAAAACACUAGAGGGAGAAUGGAUCUAGUGAUAAAUGUAAUUUGAUGAGUACAAGAAGACUUGAAUUUACACAGCUUUGAAGUCAGUCCACGCUAACCAUUUUAUAUAACAAGAAAGCAAAAUAAUUGUUUGCUUUGAUUGGAAUUUUAUUAACAAUAUUUUUUAAAUAUAUAAAUAGUGACGCAUCAUGAACCUAAUUGAUCGAAAAGAAAAAUUAAAUAAUAAAAAGGGGAGAUAUAUCUUUUCCAUUUAAAUAA